AUGGGCGCCGCGGCCCGCAGCCUGCCUUUGGCGCUCGGCCUCCUGCUGCUGGGGCCGCUGCUCCGCCGCGCCGACGCCUGCAGCUGCUCCCCGGUGCACCCGCAACAGGCGUUUUGCAACGCGGAUGUAGUGAUCCGGGCCAAGGUGGUGAGCGAGAAGGAGGUGGGCUCCGGCGAGGAUGUCUACGGCAACCCCAUCAAGAGGAUCCAGUACGAGAUCAAGCAGAUCAAGAUGUUCAAGGGGCCUGACCGGGACAUCGAGUUCAUCUACACGGCCCCCUCCUCCGCCAUCUGCGGGGUCUCGCUGGACGUCGGAGGCAAGAAGGAGUAUCUCAUCGCAGGAAAGUCCGACGGGGACGGCAAGAUGCACAUCACGCUCUGCGACUUCAUCGUGCCCUGGGACACCCUGAGCACCACGCAGAAGAAGAGCCUGAGCCACAGGUACCAGAUGGGCUGCGAGUGCAAGAUCACGCGCUGCCCCAUGAUCCCCUGCUACAUCUCCUCCGUGGACGAGUGCCUGUGGAUGGACUGGGUGACGGAGAAGAGCAUCAACGGGCACCAGGCCAAGUUCUUCGCCUGCAUCAAGAGGAACGACGGCUCCUGUGCCUGGUACCGCGGGGCGGCGCCGCCCAAGCAGGAGUUCCUGGACAUCCAGGACCCGUAG